GCUGAAUAGAAGGAAGUCCCUGUAGCAAUAUUUCAACAUGCAGUGUAAAGCCUUUCCAGAAGAGUGGAGGCUGUUCUAGCAGCACAGUGGGGUGGGGCUACUCCAUAAUAAUGCUCAUGAUUUUGGAAUGAGAUGUUCGACAAGUAUGUGUCCACAUACUUUUGAUCGUGUAGUGUAUGAAUGUUAGCGAGUUAUUGAUUUCAUGAACCUUAUUUCUAAGGCGAAAUAUAUUAAUAUGGGCUAUUUUCAGCCCUUUCCUGGGUAGCUUAUCUGAGAUAGAUAUAAUAUGAAAAAGAGCAGUCAAAGCAAGAGAAAAAGUAUACAUUCAGCAGUCCAUGAAUCAGUUGGUGUGUGUGUUAAGAGUGUGCUGCAGGGUUGAAGCUACGAACCCAUAGGCUUGGCUCUCAUCCAUUCCAGGCUUUUUGGGAGGGAGGGUGGACAAUGAGCCUGUCAUAGCGUAUGUAAGAAAUGCCCCCUCUUGCUCUGGCCGCUUUCAUGGCUGGGAUAAGUUCUUUCCUCUUCUGGCACGCAGAGAGGCAGAGUGGCAGAGACAGACAGUGACAGGGCAAGCAGUAUGAAGGCUAACUAGCUAGGAGUGAAUGUAAAGGCAGGAACUUGGGAUGCACUGUUGGUUUUGUUGGUGCGCUGUUCUUUGCUUGACAAAGUAAGUUAGCUAUCUUUUAAAUUUCACUAGUAUUUACUAUUUACACGCAUUGUAGCAUUCUAUUAUAAGACUUGAAAUGCCCUCUAACAGACACAGUUGUUUUCCUUAACUGUUAAUACUUUUGACAUUUUCAGGUUGUCCAAAAUGAUAUCCGAUAAUAUUGUGUACUUCCUGCCACUUAAUGCAGACAUGUAUCAGACAACAUGGGUUGUAAAAAAUCCAAGCUAAAUGACGGUCUAAAUGGGAGUGUGCUUGAUGGCAAGAACCAACGGCCAGUACGUCCUGACCAAACUGUAUAUGUGAGAGAUCCCACCUCCAGUAAACCAAAUGCUACAAGUAACUCACCUCCUGGAGGUCUCCUGCCUGGUCAGGUAUUCAUGAAAAUGGAAGAGCAAUCUGAGUCUGGUAAAAUAGUUAUUGCACUAUACCCAUAUGAUGCAAAACACAAAGACGAUUUGGGAUUCAAGAAGGGGGAAAGGCUUAAGGUUCUUGAAGAGCAUGGUGAAUGGUGGAAGGCUCAGUCUCUGACCUCUAAGAAAGAAGGGUUCAUACCCUCCAAUUAUGUUGCUGAGGCCAAUACCAUGGAGACAGAGGAAUGGUUUUUUAAGGAUAUUACAAGGAAGGACGCAGAGAGACAACUUUUGGCGCCUGCAAACAGAGCAGGAUCUUACCUCAUUCGUGAGAGUGAGACAUCAAAGGGAAGUUAUUCCAUGUCUAUCAGAGAUGUGGAUGCCCAAGGGACGGACGCUGUGAAACAUUAUAAGAUCCGGAUGCUGGAUAACGGAGGCUUCUACAUCUCUCCUAAAAUCACAUUCCCUGACAUUGGUAGCAUGAUAAAACAUUAUCACAAACAAUCGGAUGGUCUCUGUCGAAAGCUGGAGAAGGCCUGUGAUAAACCCAAAGCUCAGAAGCCAUGGGACAAAGAUGCCUGGGAGAUCUCCAAGGAGUCCAUCAAGAUGGUGAAGAAACUAGGAGCCGGACAAUUUGGUGAAGUUUGGAUGGCGUUCUACAACAACACGACUAAGGUGGCAGUGAAGACACUGAAGCCAGGCACCAUGUCAGCUGAGGCCUUCAUGGAGGAGGCUAACCUGAUGAAGACCCUGCAACACGACAGACUGGUGCGCCUCUACGCCGUCGUCACCAAGGUCGAGCCUAUCUACAUCAUCACAGAGUACAUGUCCAAUGGUAGCCUCUUAGAUUUCCUAAAAAGUGAGGUAGGCUGCAAAGUUCAGCUACCUAAGCUCAUCGAUUUCUCUGCACAGAUUGCGGAGGGAAUGGCUUACAUUGAGAAGAAGAACUACAUCCACCGUGACCUGAGAACAGCCAAUGUCCUGGUGUCUGAGAGUUUGCUGUGUAAAAUAGCUGACUUUGGCCUUGCUAGAGUUAUAGAAGAUGACCAGUACACAGCCAGAGAGGGUGCAAAGUUUCCCAUCAAGUGGACAGCACCAGAGGCCAUCAACUAUGGAUCCUUCACUAUCAAAUCAGACAUGUGGUCCUUUGGAGUCCUCCUGUAUGAAAUCAUUACCUAUGGAAAAAUACCUUACCCAGGGAUGAGUAAUGGUGAGGUGAUGACUUCAGUGCAGAGAGGUUAUAGAAUGCCCCGCCCUGAGAACUGUCCCAACGAGCUCUAUGACAUAAUGACCAGUUGUUGGAAGAGCAAGCCAGAUGACAGGCCUACAUUUGACUACAUCCAGAGUGUCCUAGAUGACUUUUACACUGCCACAGAGGGCCAGUACCAACAGCAGCCCUAGGAAGUCAAUGGUUGAGUCCCAAUAGGGCUCUGGCCAAAAGUAGUGCACUAUGUAGGGGAUAGGGUGUCAUUUGGGAUGUACAAAAAUCUGCCAAUGUGCUAGUUUCAUUAUGAAAUAGUCAAUCCACCAGCAACAAUAUCAGCUAUUCAGCGGAAGUAGAGAUAUUGUCGGACAAGUUGACUGCUUGUUUAUUUGUUAGGCAAGCUAAAGAUGAAUCUAUGAACUCAACUUCAUAUUGAAGUAUAGACCUGCUUGUGCAUUUCAGCAUUUCACGGAAAAUGAUCGAAUAACAAAUGGCUUACUGUUGACUGACUCUGAUCAAACCUGUAGAAUAUCACAUUGAACAGCACAAAAUAGAUAGACAUUCUACCACGUAUUUAUUAUCACUUUAGCCAUAUCUGUUUGCCAUGUUGAAUUCAAUCACACAUUUUACCAGUACAGAUGCUUACCUUUUCAUCUAUUACAUUUCUAUUUUUCUUUGUAUUUCAAGGUACAUUGAUUUAUUUUAGCAGCUGAUCUUUUGGGUUAUUUUCUGAAUUACAGAAAUAAUGAGACUAAUGAUUUAUUUCAUGUAUAUUUGUUGUAUUUUUGUUUUUUUUGCAAUGAGAUAUUGACGUGUGACAUCACGUGAUUGUAUUAACCUGAAUAAAUGCAAAUGAUCUGUAUCAAUAAAAAUACUUAUUUGCAGAUG